AUGUGCCGUCGGGCACGGCCCGCGGACCUCGACCAGGCGACGCGGACCGUCGUCCAGAUGAGCCCCUACUUUCGCCAAUUCUCGACAUCGCCGUACUUUCUCGCCGACGAGCCCGCCAGCAGAAACAGCAGCGACAGUGCCCCUUCUCCUGCACGACAGCGUUCCCAGGCCAACGUCAACGAGAUCAAGAGUUUGGCCGCCAACAGGCCCGCGCAGACUGGCGGUGCCAUCCCUCCCCAGCAACAGCAGCAACCUAAGGUCGUGGACAUCAGGUCCCUCCCCAGGGGUGGUCUUCGCGGCCGCGGCGGUGCCGGCUUUCGGGGCAGCCGUGGUGGUGCCGGCGUGAGGGGUGGUCGCGGAAGUGCCUCCCGCCCGACGGGUGACGGCAGCAGCAGAUUUGCUGGGCAGUCUGGAGCUCGGGGCGGUGGCCGUGGCGGUGCCGCCCGGGGAGCACAGCGCGGCCGCAAAGGUGGACGGGGAGCCUCCGCGCAGGGUGCUGCCCGCCGCCGAAAGCAGGGCGGGGAGGGUGAGGAGGACGGUGCGCGGUCGUUUAGAGAUGACCGCUACGUGGACGAGUCGGAGCUUGUGGAGCCGUCGGAGCACGCGCUUGAGCAGGCGAUGCGGUUUGGCGUCGAGACGACGUACAAGCCGGAGCUGACGCGCGAGUCGCUAGCUCGCGAGAUGCCCGCUGUGCCGUCGUCAUCGACGGGCCCCGCCGCCCGCAUCCACGAGAGCCUUAGCGCGCUGGGCACUGCAGACCGCGUCGGCCGGCCGGCCGGCCUCACGCCCGCAAUGUACGCCCUCGACCUCAAAGAGCGCGGGCUGCGCUACUUUGCCGACACCGAGUCGCGCCAGCGCACGGAGGAAUACAUGCAGCGGGUGCGCCGUGAGAAGGCCCUCGCCGCCGGCAAGGACGAAUCGGCCAUCGCCACCGACCCUAUCAUCCGCGACCUUGACGAGGAGGCUCGCAAAGCAAUCCUCGACGGGGCCGUCGCCGGACGCCACGACACCCUCGAGUACGCCACCGACCCCGUGGGCAUCUCGCGCAACUGGCACCUCCGCUCUGAGACGUGGGGUCCCAAGGAGCGCAAAGCCUUUGAGGCCAAACUCUCGACCAUGCUGGCCAAGAGCAAGCAGGCUGCGCCCAAGAAGAAGGAGGCCAAGGCAUGA